AUGGGUAAUUGCUUUUCUGCAAAAUCUGUGUCACAGAUUACCCUUGACGGGCCUCGGCAGGGAAAUGGCAGUCACCAGCCUUCUUACCCAAUAAAUUUCAAAAUCAAGCCAUAUAAGAUUCCCGCGACAGAAGUCCAAAAACUCGGAUUGUAUCCCAAUGGCUCAGGAGGGCUCGGUGAUGUCUGGAUGUGUUCUUGGUCUCCACAAUCUCAGGAUGGAACGUCCAAGGUUGCGGUCAAAUUAGUCAGGGUUCCUCAAGCAGACGAUACAGAGCUAGUGAAUAAGACAAGCAAGAGGAUUCGUCGUGAGGCUUAUGUUUGGAUCAAACUAGAGCAUGAAAACAUUCUGCCUUUCAAUGGUGUUGUUGAUGGCUUUGGGAUACUCCCUGCCCUAGUUUCUCCAUGGAUGGAAAAUGGAUCGCUCGAUAAUUACCUGACAAAGGGAUUUGUUCUUUCUGAGGCUGACAAACUGAGAAUGUUGAGACAGAUGGCUGCUGGCCUCAACUAUUUACACGAAAAAGGAGUGGUCCAUGGCGAUUUAACAUGUACCAAUGUUCUGAUCAGUGCCGAUCAGAGACUUUAUCUUGCAGACUUCGGUCUCUCGGUGAUACUUUCAGAAACACAAAACUCCACCUUUAAUUCGUACCAUCAAGGAAAUGUACGGUGGAUGGCGCCUGAGAUGUUUGCCAUGCCCGACCAAGGGGGAGUAGUGAUGCCAACCAAAGCCGCCGAUGUUUACUCAUAUGGUUGCAUCAUGCUUCAGCUGUUUUGUGGACGCGUACCUUACCUCUGGCUAACGAAAGCGCACCACAUUAUUGCGGCAAGAGUCGCAGGAACAGAACCCUUCCGUCACUUCUCUGAUAUAGAAGACGUAUACAAGGAUUUUGCGUUGAGAUGCAUAUCUGUCAACUUUGAUGAUCGACCGGUGGCUUCUGCGAUUGUAGAGUUCUUAGGAGUAGAGUAA